AUGCGUUGGACGAUGAAGAGCUUGGUGCUCCCCCUGGUGCUGCUGUGCACGUGGGGGCUGCAGGAAGGAGCACAAGCCUGCUCGUGCCUUCCUGUGCAUCCACAGACGGCGUUUUGCCAAGCAGACGUCGUCAUCAAGGCUGAGGUGCUUGCAUGGAAGCUUGUUGGUGGAUAUGAACACAAGUAUGACGUCAAACAGAUCAAGAUGUUCAAGGGCGCUCACAGGUAUAUUGAUGCUGUCUACACUCCAGCCUCCUCUGCGGCCUGUGGAGUGACUUUCACCAAAGGUGUAGAAUAUCUUAUCACAGGCAGACUGGCGCCUGAUGGGUCGCUGCAUGUCAUCUCGUGCGACUUCAUCAUGCCCUGGGACAACCUGACUGCCUGCCAAAAAAGCAACCUGGCACAGAGCUAUCGAAAGGGUUGCGUUUGCCAGAUCACUCUCUGCCACGCCACCCCGUGCAGCAGCAGACCAUUCGAGUGCUCCUGGACUGACUUUGUGAUGAACUCUGGCAGUCAACUGCAGAGCAAACAUUUUGCUUGUCUGAAGGGAGGUGAUGGCUUUUGUGGCUGGAUCAGGGGGAUCCCCUCAACCAAGCAAGGCUAUCAAGGACUCUGA